AUUUGGUCCUUAGUUGUUUUAAAUUUAGAGAAAUGUACGUUUGUGUUGGGCCUGUAGAGUUGGGUUCUUUAGUCUUAGUGCUUUUAAUGCUUCUAUUUAUUUCUGCCAUUUUGGUGAGUAGUUUGGGGUUAUUUUUGUUAAUUUGUCCUUCAUUUUCACAUGAGGGAGAGGAAGCUGUUAAACAGCAUGUUGGCUCGUAUCCUAAAGUCUGGAGUUUCCUGGAGAAACCAGCUGCAAGGAGACGUGAUUGGUCAGCCCACAAGGAAGAAAGUCUUAGACAAUGGGCUUGGGCUGCUUGGAGGAGCAGAGGUCUGGGCAUGUUCAACUACAUCAUCCCACCCACACUGGGUAAAGGCUGUACUGUAGAGGCUGCCCUGGCAAUUUCCUGGACAUUUUCCCAGAUCUACUAGAGUACAAAUGGCUCCACACUAUUCUCCGUGGUUCAUGGUGCACGUCAUGUUGCCCCAUUAGUUCAACUGAGGGUAACAGAUAAACUGGAAGCCAAAAGUAUGGGAUUGGGACCUUAACAGGAAAGGACUAUGUUCCUCCAAGGCCAAAAAGGAGAUGGGGGUGGAAAGUAUGAUAGGGUGUUGAGACAACUCCACUAUGACAGACGUUCGAGGAGUCCCUAUCCCUGAAAGAACCCAUGAAGCAGUGAAUAAACCUCAGACUGGGAAGGCCUCCGACUUGAGUCAGCAGGUGUGGAUCCUUCAGGGUCUGACCCUCAUGACGGUUCCACGGAGUGACAGUGUGGCUCCAGUCACUGUCACCGUGGCCCCUUGUAAGUAUCCAGAGUCUCUUGAGCAAGGCAAAGGGGUUCCCAUUUAUUUGGGAAUACAAGAUCCAGAAAUGUGUCUGUCUUGUGAGGACGUUGAAGGGCAACCCACAUUGCAACUGAAGGAUCAGAAGAUACUAGAUCUGUACAACCAAGCUGAGCCCGUGAAGCCCUGCCUCUUCUACCAUGUCAAGACUGGCGCUACCUCCACCUUUGAGUCCGCGGCCUUCCCCGGCUGGUUCAUCACCUCCUCCGAGAGAGGCCAGCCCAUCUUCCUCACUUCCGACCAGGGGAGAAUGUAUAACACUGCCUUCAACAUAGAUUUCAGUGUUGAACUCAGCCGGGAGGUGGCAGCUUAGUCAGAGGUUUUUGUCUUACAUUUUCUAGUUCCCAGUGUGUUUUCACCUAUAUUAUGACCGUGUCAUUUCACAUCAGUGCUGAGAGGUGAGCUGGGCUCUUUUCUCUUCUCGUUUAUGAAUGGAGAAGAAGCGAUGCCUUCCUGAGAACCGAGGAAUAGAAUGUGGGCUCAGAGCAGGAGGGAGGGGUGAUGUAAGGCUCUCCUCUCAAGCUGAAGCUUUCCAGCCCACAGGCCAUUUGCAUGAGCACGUAGGGACCCGAAGACGAUAGAGCCUUCUCCCGGCGUGGACAUGAAGAAGAGCUCAUGCGUCUUACCCAAGAUCGCGUGGCCAGCGUGGAAAUGAUCGUUGUGUUUUUUUUUGCUUUCUUUUCUUUCCUAUUUGGAUUACAUUUUCCAUAUUCCUUAUUGGUUGCCAGUACACCUCAAAGUGUGUAAUACGUCCUUUUAAGGGUUAGGACAUUUUAAAGAAAAAUAAUUUUUAACAAAAAUUGAAUUAAAUUAUUUUUGUCCUAAUUCUAACGUGUAAACAUAAAGCCAAAUAGAAACGUCAUGUGUUCAUACCGUAAAAAGACUAAAACAAUUAUAAAAUGAAAUAGAAAACAAAGAGUAACCUGAAAUGAACAGGAGGAGUUGAAUGGGGACGUCACAGUGGGUGAGCCCAGGACUGGGGUGAAUCUGGGGGAGAAGUGACAGGGAUCCGUGGUGAUCGGGUAGGUGGGAGGUUAAGCAUGUGAAAGGCACUGCUAGCUGACUGCUUUCUUUACAGUCUCCCACCUUUGCUUUCCUCCUGCUUCCCCUAGUCUUUUUCCUUUUAGGUAGACUCACAAUCCAUAUACUUUCUUUAAAAACUGCAGUGAAGUUGCCUUUUUCGGGAACAGACAGCCUAGCUUUCCCCCCAGCCAUGCUUCAGAUGAUGUACUCUGAUGAAAUUUAAUAACUGAUUUGUCGGUAUAACUGGAGAAAGCUGUAGCUCAGGUCUGGCUCUGUACGUGAUAGAUUUCUUAUUUCCCCUCUGAUGCUACAAAUGCAGAAUAUUCUGUUUGCUUAAAUACAGUCUCC